AUGAAUAUCAAUCAGAAAUCGCAAAGUAACACUUCUGCUACUCAUAUUAAUCCAUCCGAACAUCAUGAUGUUCUCCUUCCAUCUACAGUUAAAUUUAACGAAACUUUUUCUGAUAAACCAUACAAUGCUUUACAAACAUUACGUAGUGCUCAAGAUGGUGUUCGUUUACCAAAUAAAGUAUUUAUUCAUGCUGUUGAUCAAUUUCUUAAAUAUUUACGAAACGAAACAAAUAAACAUUAUGCAAAUGGUAAUGAUUCUUCAAAAGAUACAAUCGAUAAUAAUGAUAAGACUUCGAUUGCACCUCUAUCAAUAACUAAAGGAACUUCACUUGAACGAACAGUAGAAGAUAUGGUAACAUUUGAAUUUGUCGAAAAAUUUCGUAAAUCAUUUGCUGAAGCUGAUACAGAUAAUACAGGUUAUUUGGAUGUGAAUACAAAUUGUGACGGUGAAGUUGAUCUUUCAGAAUAUUUAACAUAUAUUUUAUUUGAACAUCAAGAAAAAGAAAUAAUGUAUGAUAUGUCAAAACCAAUGCCUUAUCCAACUAAUCCAAAAGAAUUUACAUUAAAAAAUCUUUCACUUGAUCUUUAUAUUGGUUUUCAAUUCUUUCCAGGUAUAUCACGUACUGGUAAAAUUCUGGAACACAUUGAUUAUACAUAUGGACGAUAUCUAUCAAUAACACGUAAUGGUAUUGUAUCACAUUGGUCAAUAUCAUUAAAACUUAUUCGAGAAUCAAAAAUUCAAUCAAUUGAACAAAGAAAACAAACUCUUCCAUUAUGGAUAACAUGUACAUGUGUUCUACCAGAUAUGAAUUAUUUUGCUAUAGCAACAACAGAACGUGAUCUUAUUUUCUAUGAUAUAAAUUCUCAUACAUAUAUAGGUUCUAUAAUAAUAAAUCAUUUUCCAGCUAGUUUAACAACAAUUGAUUAUCGUAUGAAUAUAAAAAAUUCUUCUCAAUCAACAAUUUUUUGUGGAGAUUCAUUAGGAAAUUUAUUUAUAUUUCAAGCUAAAGAUUCAUAUAGACCAAUGUUUCAUAUAUCUGAUUUAACACAUUCUAUGAAAACAGAUUCAAGAAGAAAUUAUUCAUUUCCACGAAUGGUUAAUAAUGAAUAUUUAACAGUAUCAAUACUUUGCUUUUGUAAUUUACACAAUGAUUGGAUUGUACAAGUUAAAUGGAUUGAUGAUCUAGAUUUGUUUGUAUCAUGUGCAUUAACAUCAACACGAAGUUUAUAUAUUGGAGAUUUAAAUAAAAAAAUGGAAAAAUAUGCUGUAGCAAAAAAAGGUUUUGCUGUUUUUGAUUAUUGUAAGGCUCAUCGAUCAAUAGUAACUGGUAGUAAUGAUGGUGUUAUUCGUUUUUGGGAUCCAUUUGUUACAGAACGAGCUGCAGCUAUAUUACGUGGACAUAAUUCUUCUGUUACUCAUUUAGUUGUCGAUAAACGAGAAAAUCAUAUAAUUAGUAUUGAUAAAGGAAAAAAUAUUAUUAUUUGGGAUGUUCAAACAUUAAAAAUAAUUCAACGUAUAUCACAUACAAUUUUUGAUUUAUCUGGACAAGAUUUAACAAUAUGUUAUUUAAAUCCUACUCAACAACGUUUAAUUAUAGGCAAUAAAAAACUUCUUUCAUUAUCACAUAUAAAUGAAUCAUAUAUUCAUAAUGAACGAACAUCACAUAUAUAUCCAAUAACAAAAAUUUUAUAUAAUCCUUUAUUUGAUGUUAUUAUAUCAUGUGAUGAAGGUUCAACUAUAAAUAUAUGGAAUAUAAUAACAGGUGAAAAAAUAAUGCAUAUAUUAAAUGCACAUGUUACACAAUUUGAUGAAUAUAAUGAACAUGCAGUAGAAAUAACAACAAUGUGUUUAGAUGAAGCUAAACGUCGUUUAAUAACAGGUGCACAUGAUGGUUCAUUAGCAUUAUGGAAUUUUAAUAAUGGUCAUAAUCUUUAUCGUGUUAAUUCAAAUGGAAUACAUGCAAAAGAAAUAACAGCAUUAUUGCAUGAAAAUGAACGUUUAUUUGUUGCUGGUUGGUCAAGACGUAUUCGAGUAUUUCAUUUGAGUAAAUCAGUUGUUAUUCGACAAGUCGAUGAAUUUCGAUCAUUACAUAACGAUGAUAUUUUAUCAAUGAGUAUAAUGAUGAAUAUUCUAGCCACUGCUAGUUAUGAUGGUGAUAUUAUUUUAUGGACUAUUGAAACAGGAAUGCCAUUUAUGAAAUUAAAUUCAGUUGAAGAUAUUAAACCAAAACUUAUAUCACUUUCAUGGCUUUAUAAACAAACGACAAAAGGUGCUAUUCAAGCUAUUUUUCCAAAAUAUUUUUCUCGUCGAAGAAUUAAAAAAUUAAAAAGACGUGAUACAGAUAAUACUGAACGAAUUCGUCAAUCAUUAUUAAAUCGUCUUCGAACAAAUUAUGAAACAUCUGUUGAAUGUGUUUUAAAAUCUAAUGUUGAUAAUGAAUUUAAUCAAUCAACAAUAUCAUCUGAUUAUCAUUUGGAUCAAUUAAUUUUUCUUCAUACACGUGAAACAAAUCCUUCAUCAGCUAUACUUAUUACUUCUGGUAGUUUGGGUUGGAUUUGGUGGUGGUCUAUACAUGUAAUUGGACGUUUAGUUGCUGUUUUUAAUGGAUCAAGAAAAUCUCAAGAACAUGUUCUAGCUAUGUGUGUAGAUGAACAAUGUAAUAUAUUAUUUACAUCUGAUACAGCGGGAUAUGUAGCCCUAUGGUUUAUUGGUGAUUAUGCUUGCAAACAACCUGAUUCAAAAGAAAAACAAAUGAAAUUAAUUGAAGAAAAAAAUCGAAUAUUAACACAUUUUGCUUCUAGUCUACAUUCAAAUAGUGCUGGUUUGUAG